AUGAAAUAUCUUUUUCUUUUUUUUUUCUCUCUCCUUCUUUUUCUCCUUUUUCCUUCUUUUUCUUUCUCUCCUUCUUUUUCUUUUUCUCCUUUUUCCUUCUCUCCUUCUUUUUCUCCUUUUUCCUUCUCUCCUUCUUUUUCUCCUUUUUCCUUCUCUCCUUCUUUUUCUCCUUUUUCCUUCUCUCCUUCUUUUUCUCCUUUUUCUCCUUUUUCCUUUUUCUUUCUCUCCUUUUCUCCUUUUUUUCUUUUCUCUCCUUCUUUUCUCCUUUUUCCUUCUCUCCUUCUUUUUCUUUUCCUUCUCUCCUUCUUUUCUUCUCCUUCUUUUCUCCUUUUCCUUCUUCUCCUUUUCCUUCUUUUCUCCUUUUUCCUUUCUUCUUCUCCUUUUCUCUUCUUUUCUCCUUUUUCCUUCUUUUUUCUCCUUUUUUCCUUCUUCUUUUUCUCCUUUUUCUCCUUCUUUUUCUCCUUUUUUUCCUUCUUUUCUCCUUUUCCCUUUUCCUUCUUUUUCUCCUUUUUCUAUUCUUCUUUUCUCCUUUUUUUUUCUUCUUUUUCUCCUUUUUUCCUUCUUUUUUCUCCUUUUCCUUCUUUUUUCUUUCUCUCCUUCUUUUUCUCCUUUUUCCUUCUCUCCUUCUUUUUCUCCUUUUUCCUUCUCUCCUUCUUUUUCUCCUUCUCUCCUUCUUUUUCCUCCUUUUCCUUCUCUCCUUCUUUUUCUCCUUUUUCCUUCUCUCCUUCUUUUUCUCCUUUUUCCUUCUCUCCUUCUUUUCUCCUUUUUCCUUUCUUUUCUCCUUUUCUUUUCUCCUUUUCCUUCUCUCCUUCUUUUCUCCUUUUCCUUUUUCUCCUUUUUUCUUUCUCCUUUUCCUUCUCUUUUCCUUCUCUCCUUCUUUUCUCCUUUUCCUUCUCUCCUUCUUUUUUUUCUCCUUUUCCUUCUCUCCUUCUUUUUUCUCCUUUUCCUUCUCUCCUUCUUUUUUUCUCCUUUUUCCUUCUCUCCUUCUUUUCUCCUUUUCCUUCUCUCCUUCUUUUCUCCUUUUUCCUUCUCUCCUUUUUCUUUUUUCCUUUCUCCUCCUCUCUCAUGCUUUUUUCAUUCAUUUUUCAUUCCCUCCUCUCUCUACCACCUCAUUUUCUUAUUUCCCCCCCUCCUCCGUUUUCUCUAUCACAUAUAUAUAUAUAUUUUCUCAUUCCUCUAUUUUUCCUCUCACUCUCUCUCUUUCUCUUUUCUGGAUAUUUUUUUGUUUCUCUUUUUAUCUCUCUCCAUCUCUCUUGGCCCUUCCUCUUAUUUCUAGUCUCUCUUUUCUCUGUCUUGUCUUUCUCUCCUAUUUCUUCUUUCUCUCUCUUUAUUCUCUCUCUCUCUCUCUUUUCUUCUAUUUCUUUCUCUCAUCUCUAUUCUCUCUCACUCUCUGUCUCUUUCAAUUUAUUUCUAUAUCUUUUGAUUAUUCUGCAAUCCCCUACAGAUCUUUUCUGUCUUUUCUAUUUCUUUCUCUCCUCUCUCUCUCUCAUUUCUUUCUUUCUGUCUCUCUCUCUUCGUUUCUUCUUCUUUCUAUCUCCUCUAUUUCCUAUUAUUCUCUCUCGUUUCUUUCUCUGUCUCUCUUUCUCUCAUUUAUUUCUCUGUCUCUCUCUCUCGUUUCUUUCUCUGUCUCUCUCUAGUUUCUUUCUCUGUCUCUCUCUAUUUCUGUCUCUCUCUAGUUUCUGUCUCUCUCUAGUUUCUUUCUCUGUCUCGUCGUCUCUCUGUCUCGUCGUCUCUGUCUCGUUUCUUUCAACCUAUUUCUCUAACCUCGUCAACAUCUGUUCACCUUCCUUUUUUCUUUCUCUCUAUCUCCAUCCCCGCAUGGGAAUUGCCUUUUUCAUCAUUGAUGGAAUAUCAUCGCAUAAGGUGCUACAAGAUUCACGAACCAUGCUUCAGAGAAUGGAUCACAGAGGAGGAUGUGCAUGUGAUAACGACACAGGUGAUGGUGCCGGUGUGCUGGCAGCCAUUCCACACACUCUUUAUGAAAAUGAUCUCAGGACCAAUCAGAAUGUUACCCUACCAGAAAAAGGACAAUAUGCUACUGGAAUUAUCUUUAUGGAAUCUAGUGAUGGUUCAAAAGCCCAACAGAUAUUUGAGGAAAUGGCUAAAAUCUUUCAUCUCAAGGUGCUAUGCUGGAGAGAUUUGGAUGUUGACAGAAAUGUACUGGGACAAGUUGCUAAACAAAAUGAACCUCUUAAACGUCAAGUAUUUAUUAUAUGUGAUUUGAAAAAAUAUGAACUCCAAAGACAAGUUUACCUCCUCAGGAAAUACGCAUCUCAUCACGUGCCUAAAAAGAUCGAGAGUCGGCGUUUCUACAUUUGCAGUCUUUCUACAAAAACUAUUGUUUACAAGGGUUUGUUUACUACUCGUCAACUUUGGCAGUAUUUCAAAGACCUGACAAAUCCUGAAUUUGAGACACACCUUGCCAUAGUUCACAGCCGAUUUUCAACAAAUACAGUUCCCAGCUGGGAAAGGGCACACCCUCAAAGGUAUUUGGCCCACAAUGGAGAGAUCAACACUUUAAGGGGAAAUGUAAAUCUGAUGCAUGCUCGUGAAGGCAUCAUGUCAAGUCGUGUCUAUGGUGAUAAACUCUCUAUGUUGUAUCCUGUUGUUGAGGAAGGAAUGUCCGACUCAGGCUGUGUUGACAAUGUCUUGGAAUUUUUGAUGAUGGCUGGAAACAGAUCACUACCUGAGGUAAGUUUUAAUUUUGUUACUUAUAUGGCAAGGCUAUCUGGAAAAUGCCCAGGUUAA